AUGAAUCUUGGAUCAGAUUCUCUUUCAACUAUGCUGGUGCCAUCGCGAGCUGCCGCGAGCAAAGCGAGAACAGCCAUCGGACGCCAGCUUACCAGCUCGCCAGAGCCCGAGGUUCCUAGGAAGCGUCAAAACACCAAACGCAAACUAGCGCGGUCGAAUUCUACGAAAUCUAUCACUGCUCCGUCCCGGGCCACACAGCCCCCUCCUCCAUCUCAGACGCCACUUCUCCACAAAGCCGCGUCCGAACAGGACGUUACCUCCGAAGAUGAAGACCUUCCAAAGAUGACUGGCCCGUUUGUGUGGGUGAGGGUUAGUCGGUCAGGCGAAAUUGCUCCUGUUGGGUCCGAGGUAGGGUCUUCAGAGAGCUUUUGGUGGCCAGGGAGCAUUAUGAGCGGAUCUUUGACUCAAGGUCCAGUCCAUGUGCAGCUAUUUGGACGUAUAUCGCCAGGAACUAGGACAGACGUCCAACUUCCGGCGCCUGAAGAUUCGCUCAUUCGCGACAUGAAGACAGAAAUGGGCUUCCUACCCUUCAAUAUGUCAAACUUCAUAUGCCAAGAUACAAAUAUCGGCAUUCAGGAGUCCUUGCCCCCAAAACUUAAGGCAGAGUUAGAAAGGCGCUUCCGAACGGCAGUGGACCGAAUGAUAGCUGCUGAAGCCAGACAGAACGACGGACUACCGUCUUCUCUCUCGUCGUAUGCUGGCGCACUAUCUCGAACGUCGAGCACCUUGAUACCUGCCAAAUCCGAAAACGGCCAACCGUCGCUAGAAGACGAUCUCUGGAUAUCCCCUUCUUGCGAUCCUUUUCUCGAUAUUCCUGGCGAACUUGUUCUUUCCAAGGACAAGAAGAGAAGCACAGAGUACUGGCCGGCUAAAAUCGAGGAAUAUAUUGCUCCUCCCAGUCGCGUAAUCAAGCCAUUAUACAGGCUGCGCUUCCUAGACGAAACUUUACUUGACCUUCCAAGGAGCAUGUUCUACACUACAGACGAGGAGGGAUUCUUCUCUUGUAAGUUAGGGAAAAUCGGAAGCGCUGUUCCAAUAAAUGCGGAUAAUAUCGAUGUCGACAUUGAUGAAUUCGACCUGACUCGGGGACCAAGUCCAGUCCCAGAAAUGCCUCCACGCCCUAAUUUUUUUGAUCUUUCCAUCCGUGAACAGUUUGCCUAUGUUCAACCGGUCAUCAAGGCCAUCCUUGAUGAUCGGUAUCCUCCUGCCAAAGAUCGCCAUGAUUCGUUCAUAAAAGGCGGCGUAUUACGCAGGACGGUACGCAAAGAGGCUCCCGGAAAGGGAAACUUGACCACCAAGGAGGUCACUGAGCUUGGCCUUGUGCUCAAUCGAUGGGCCCUGCGAGACGAGCGGUAUGCAAAGUCGGCGCGAACGGAGUCUGCGACUCUUCCGGUCACAGCCUCUUCUACGGCACCUGUCCAUGCGGUAGAGCCUGUCAGUCGUGGAGAAGUUCCAACCUAUUCAACUGAUGUCUCGAACCGGCCCUCCUCCCCUUCGCAGUCUGUCCUUUCGGACCUGACCGAUCUCACGACUUCCCCUUCAUCGCGAGCUACACUGCACCUUUCUACCGGGGCGUCCCAUCUGAGACUGAUCGAAAGUGUCCACGAAUCGCCGAGGCAGUGGGGUUGCGAAGCCUACGAAGCGCUCACCAUUCCCGACAAAAUCGAGUAUUGCCAGCUCGUACUCCUACACGAGGCUAUAUUGCAGUUGCUUCUGUGGCGAUCAGGCAAGCGCACGUCCUUGGAUCUCCUCGGUGAUGAGGAGGAGCAAGAAUUGCAUGACGUCGCCCUCAAACAGUCGGAAGAGAUCGAUUGGGUCGUCGAGAUAUACCGAUUGCGGGAGGCGGGUCUCAAAGUGAAGCCAGGAAAGACUGCCGUUGUAGUAGGAGGAACCAGAUCGAGGCCUAAGAUGUCUUCGGGUGUACGUCGUUGA